CGAAGACCCGAGGAUCUGGGCAAGAUAGCCGUUACGCAAGCGCAGAACAAGUCGCUGGCCGCGCAAUGCCGCGUGGGUCUUGUAGUUUCUUGGCUGGGCAUGACCGGAAGGGAGGAGAGAAGGGCGCAUGGCAUGGCGGGAGAUAUAGUCCUUCCGGGAAGUCCCUCCUCCUUUGGAAGACUGGCGGCGCAGGCGCAUACUGCUCUUCCUUAAGGGCGGGAGUCUCGGUUUGUGGUGGCUUUGCUGAGACAGUUGUGGCCGCACUACCGUUAGAAGCUCAGUUUCCCGGAGGCUGUAAGUCCCUUUGAGGCGAAAUGGCUCGGGGCGAGAAAGGAGCAGACUUCGGCAAUGGAAGGACGGCCGCGACCUCAGGCUGACCGUAGGGAGGGAUCUUGAGGGCCCUCCGAGUCCCCUGGGUUUGCGCUUUCUUUCUUCGCAGCCGCCGUGCCUACCGCGAGGAUGAGCUCGGCUUCGGUCACCGCUUUCGAGAAGGAGCAUCUCUGGAUGUAUCUGCAGGCGCUCGGCUUCGAGCCAGGCCCGGCAACCAUUGCCUGCGGAAAGAUCGUGUCGCACACGCACCUCGGAGUGAACAUGUUUGACAAGCUGAACCGUGAUGCCUUUCAUAUAGUUUCUUAUUUUUUGUUUCAAGCUCUGGACCAGUCUCUCACCAAAGAAGUUUUCAAAUUUUGUUGGCCCCCAUUUGACCAAAAAAGUGAUACUGAAUUCCGAAAACAUUGCUGUGAAUGGAUAAAAAGGAUUUCUGGUCAAUGUGGAAGUAGCUUUCCUCAAGUUGUUGGUUCACUAUUUCUUUCUCCUGGUGGUCCUAAGUUUAUUCAUCUCAUGUAUCAUUUUGCAAGAUUUGUUGCAAUGAAAUAUAUUAAAUCCAAUUCUAAAAAUUCUUCUCAUCAUUUUGUAGAGACAUUUAACACAAAACCACAGGACUUGCACAAAUGCAUUGCCAGAUGCCAUUUCGCACGUAGCAGAUUUAUACAAAUUUUGCAAAGAGAAGAUUGUGUUACCCAAAAGUAUCAGGAAAAUGCACAAUUAUCAGUUAAGCAGGUACGAAACUUGAGAUCUGAAUGUAUAGGACUGGAAAACCAAAUAAAGAAAAUGGAACCCUAUGAUGACCACAGUAAUAUAGAAGAAAAAAUUCAAAAGGUUCGGUCUUUGUGGGCUUCAGUGAAUGAAACGCUCAUGUUUUUGGAAAAAGAGAGAGAAGUUGUUAGUUCGGUCCUUAGUCUUGUUAACCAAUAUUAUGCUUUAGAUGGAACUGAUGUUGCUAUCAAUAUUCCAAGGCUCUUACUUGACAAGAUUGAGAAACAAAUGUUUCAGUUGCACAUAGGAAAUGUUUAUGAGGCUGGAAAACUGAACCUCUUAACAGUUAUUCAGUUAUUAAAUGAAGUCUUGAAAGUGAUGAAAUAUGAACGUUGUCAGGCUGAUGAGGCAAGAUUUACCGUAGACCUUCACUACCUUGAAAAAGAGACCAAAUUUCAGAAGGAAAGAUUAUCAGAUCUGAAGCAUAUGAGGUAUAGAAUUAAAGAUGAUCUCACAACUAUAAGACAAUCUGUUGUUGAAAAGCAAGGAGAAUGGCAUAAAAAGUGGAAAGAAUUUCUUGGUGUGUCUCCUUUCAGUCUAAUUAAAGAUUGGACUCCAUCUGUAGAUCUUUUACCACCAAUGUCUCCCCUUUUGUUUGAUCCUGCCUCAGAAGAAGUAUAUGCAAAGAGUAUUCUUUGUCAGUAUCCUGCUUCACUUCCAGGUUGGUUAUUUAUUUGUUUUUCUCUUUGAAACCUCCUUCCUGUC